AUGAAUGUUUAUGAUCUAAUGGUUAUGGAUAAUGAAAAAGAAAAUAACAGAAGUGAAAAUAUGUUUAAUAAAACACCUACUGAAAAUAAAAAUUCCGAUAUUGAAAAUGACAAAUAUGAAAGGCAAAUAAUAAAAAGUAGACCAUGCUAUCCAAUUUGGA